GGUUUACCCACUUUCCAGGUCCAGCAGACAGCAGACGUCCCUGCGGCAGGGAGUCAUCUUGUCGCUUGUUACUCUUCGGUGCAGUCACCUACCGGCCUGCCGACGUGGCGGGGCGGAAGAGGAGCUGCUGGCUGGCUGGCACCAAACGGAUCACCAUGUCCCAGGCUGCCCCCUCUGACAUGGACCUUUCUGUGGACACCGCACUUCCACCUGGCCAACCCUCCGAUGCUGACGCCGGCUCUUGUCAGGAUGUUGAAGCAGCCCUCACACGGCCCUCCGCUCCUCUGCAGCCUACUUUGAUCCCUGACAGUGUCAACCCCCCACAGUCCACAGAGGAGACGACCACAGAGGACACCGCCCCCGAGGCUGACGCUUCAGAGGGUCACACUGACCAACCGGAGCCUCCUGCUGAGGGUCAGGUGAUUGAAUGUGACCAACCAGUGAGCCUGGAGCCGGACGCAGAGGCUGCAGAGGAGGAUGUGGAGAGGUCACUUCAGGAGAGAGAAAAAGGCUGGGGAGGUUGGAGUUCAUGGGGAAAAUCUCUUCUGAGCAGUGCCACCUCCACAGUGGGUCAGAGCCUGACCUCGGUUAAAGUGAAGGCAGGAGAGGCGCUGCGUCUCCACAGGACCUCAGUGGGAGAGGAGGCACGAGAGGAGGAGGGGGAGGAGGGAGCAGAGGUGAAGAGAGAGGGAGGAGGAGGAGGAGGAGAGAGCGGAGAGGCUGACUUGUCCAGCUCGGGGGAGUCUUCCUCUGCGAGUGCAGCAGCUUCCAGCAGAGGUGUUUUCUCUACAAUCACACAUGCUGUGCAGAACACAGGUAAGUCAGUGAUCCAUGGAGGUCUGGAUGCCUUGGAGUUCAUUGGAAAAAAGACCAUGACUGUUCUUGCCGAGAGUGACCCGGGUUUCAAAAAGACCAAGACCCUGAUGCAGAAGACUGCAUCUCUGAGUCAGAUGUUGAAGGAAGCCAAGGAGAAGGAACGGGCACGUCUGAACAACCAGCCAAUCAGCGCACCCACAGCUCACUACGGUAUUCUGUUUGACGACUACCAGGGCUUGUCACACCUCGAGGCCCUGGAGAUUUUGUCCAAUGAGAGCGAGGCCAAGGUUCAAGCGUUCCUGUCUUCCUUGGUGGAAGAGGAGCAGGAGGAGGUGAAGAAGGAGCUGAUUUUAAUCAAAGAGAUUUUCAUCAAGCGAGAGGAAGAGGAGGAGGAAGGAGAGGAAGAAGGAGAAGGAGGACAGACGAAGGAUAACGCUGCUGAUGGUGAGGAGUUUGUGAGCGUUCUCACUGAGCUGCUGUUUGAGCUUCAUGUUGCUGCCACGCCUGACAAACUCAACAAGGCUCGGAUGAGGGCCCAUGAUUGGGUGAGCGAGGUGGAACAGCCUGUCACUACGGAGACAGUUGGCAGGGAAACGGAGGACCAGCCGGGAGGAGAGGCCUCGCCUGGAGAGGAUGAAAAGGAGGAGAAGGAAAAGAAAGAUGGAGAAGAGCAGGAGGAGACGAAGGGGGGAGAAGGGGAGAAGAAGGAGGAAGAGAACGACCCCAGAUCUGUGGAGGCUGUCUACCUGUCAUCAGUGGGCAGUCUGGCAGAAGUGACGGCUCGCAGUAUCGAGCAGCUCCACAAGGUGGCAGAGCUCAUUCUCCACGGCCAGGACCUGGAGAAACCAGCCAGAGACCAGGCACACAUCCUCACCAGAUUGACAUGUGCCAUGUGUAAGGAGGUGGAGUGUUUGGCCAAGAAGUUCUCUGAUACGCUGCUUCUUGUUGGGGGCCAGAGGAAAGCAGAGGAGUUGAAUCCACUGGUAGAUAGUGUGAUGCUAGAGGGCUCCAACAGUACCAACUACAUCCAGAAUGCAUUUCAGCUGCUGCUUCCCGUCCUGCAGAUCUCCCACAUCCAGAGCCAACACUGCCGACCCGCCUCAGAACCAGCACCACAGACACAACACUAACACACACACACACACACACACACACACACACGCUACCUGCUCACCCGCUUGUCUUAAUAUAUCUAUUGUUGUACAGUGAGGUAUAGAAAUUAGAUUAAACCAGAUUAAGUGCUUAUAUUUCCAUUAAGUGCCACAGCAACAGGCAGAAGAGGUUGUUUAUAUAUGCAGAACAUAAUCUUGAAGAUAACAGUCUAAUUAACAGAUACAUGUAGAAAUGACUCAUGCAGAUUGUAUGUGCGGUUUUUCCACCUUGUGUCUCUGAAUGUUAUUUCGUCUCUUGAUAUUUUUGCUUUGAGGAACCAAACAGUGCACAGAGCUGAUUCAGGCUCAGCUGUGACUCACUCUGCCUGACAAAACAAAGAUCUCCGAAAUACUGAACCAAAAACAAAACAUAACUGGUUGUGUUGAAGGAACUCUACAUUAAUGUAUAUUAAGCUUUCUUUGCACUCUUUAUGGUUCAUUGUUAUUUUAACAGAAAUAAUUUUUCUGUUUUGCUGAAUCUUGUUAAUCUGGUUUGAGACAAAAUGCCAGUAUUCGUGAUGAUUCACCAUGGUUUUUGCUUGUUUUGUUUUUUAACAUUAAAUUAUAUGAAGCAACACCAUCUUAUUAGUUCACUCUCAUCCAGUUUUAUUUGAAAGAAAAAAAUGAUCUUAAACCUUUGGACUAGAAAAUAUUUAGUUCUCCUCCUCUCCUCUUGCGUAUACUGAAGAUGUAGUGUUGCUGAAUCCAUCUCUAACUUUGUUAAUUGUGCUGCUAUACAUAGAAGAAGAGUGUGACACUUAGGGAAAAAUCAAAUGAGCAUAUUUCCCAUGUUAAAGAAGGCAUCAGCCAAAACAUGUAGCUGUGUCUUUAAUUAUCUCUCGCCCUUUUAAAUAAAGGCUUCUAAUAUUAUUUUACAAGAUUUAUACACUCCUUCAUCACCAGAGGUAAAUAUAUCAGCCAUUCUCCACUUUAUUUUUUCCCUUUGACCACCUGUGGAGUUUCUGCAGCAAACCCAAGGCACUCGCAGUGAAUCUGUCUUUUAAUAUUCAGUGUUAAAUUGGCUCUCAGCUUCCAGCCCACAGUUAUUCAGACCUCUGUAAGAUGAAAUACUCUCUUCUCCUUCUCCCCUUUUAGACAUACACUGAUACAGGCAAGAAAGCUAUUAAGCAAAGAAAAUAUUAGUCAAUCUUGUCAUAAUGUUUUGGCUCCUUUCAGCUAUAGCCAGAUAGGGUAAGGCUGUUUAUCAGCCGUACUUCUGCCUCAAAAUUAUUUGUAAUACGAUCUGGAAAAAUGUUUGGGAGCUGAAUCAUUUAUUUAACUCUGGACAGUUUACUAAUGUGUUAAGACUGCCCUCUAAUAAAACACCCUAAGACUGUUUGAGGAUGAGAUGUUGAAAAUAAAUACGUUUUAACCAUC